GCUGCAGUCAUCAUGGUUGAUAAACACCGUGGUUGAACAUUGGUAGAGAUAUAAAUUCCCUUUCCUUCUCAUAACUAUUCAGGUAGUUAAGAAGGCAAAAUGUCGACAGGAUUUGUGGAAUUCCUGGCAUCUUUUCGAAACGCUUCUUUGACAGAGCUUUUGACGUUCAGCAUUUUAUUGUCAUUCGCUCUAGGUAUCACCAAGGUCAUAUACAAUGUCUUCUUCCAUCCCCUAGCUGCCGUGCCAGGCCCGAAGUUAUAUGCUGCUUCACAUCUUCCUAUGAGCUUGUCGCGGGCUCAGGGCUUAUCUCCUUACAAAUUCGCCGAAUUGCACGAGAAGUAUGGUCCUGUCGUACGAGUUAGUCCAGAUGAAGUCUCUUGUGCUGGCACUUCGUCUUUCAAAGAGGUAUACGGAGCCCGAUACGGUAAAGGAGGGCCGUUGACGCGCGAUACGCGGACUGCACCCCUUAAGGAGAUGUUUGGCGCUGUUGGUAUGUUUCAAGCCGAUGUGCAAGAACACGCUCGAAUACGCCGUCAACUCAACCCUGCCUUCUCUGAGAAAGCCUCACGGGAGCAGGAACCAUUGGUAAUGGGAUAUAUUGACUCUAUGAUCCGAAAGUUGAGAGGCGCAACACAAAAGGGAGAGGCUGUGGACAUAGAAAAAUAUACGAUGUGGGCAACAUUUGAUAUCCAGGGCGAUCUCGUUUUCGGGGAAGAUGUAUUCAAAUGCAUCGAGAAAGAACAAUAUCACCCUUGGGUCGGUAUCAGCGUAACUCACUUCACCGGAGGAGUUUACAUACACGCUCUAAACGACAUCUCACCUUGGGCCUUAUGGUUCUGGCAAAUUUUUCUCACUCCGAAGAGCUUUGCGGAUGCACAGGCCUAUCAUAUCAAGACUACAUUGGACUUGGUAGACAAAAGGAUGGCUGCUGGGAAAACCGAUCAUCCGGACUACAUGUCGUUCAUUACUAGCGAAAGCAAAGCUGGAGAGGUACUGACUAAAGAACAAAUGUAUGCCAAUGCUCAAAUGCUAGUUAUGGCCGGAUCGGAAACCGUAGCCACAGCCUCUGCUACGACAUUGUUCCUUUUACUCACCAAUCCAGAGACAAUGAAAAGGGCCAAGAACGAAAUCCGAUCCACGUUCGACUCAGACAAGGCUAUUACAGCCGCCUCCGUGUCGCAGUUACAAUAUCUUGUUGCUGCGAUUGACGAGGCUAUGCGGGUUUGGCCCCCAGUUGCUACUGCUUUCAAUCCCCGUCAAGUGUCCUCGGGGGGUUGCGUCGUAGAUGGGUAUUUCAUUCCUCAAGGUUCGAUUAUUGGUAUUCAUAACCACGCUGUCAGUCGCUCAGAGAAAUACUUUAAGGAUGCGAAGAAAUUUGUCCCCGAGCGUUGGUUAGGUGAUGAGAGAUACGCCGAAGACGCCAGGGAAAACUUUCAGCCGUUCAGUUCCGGCCCAUUAAACUGCAUAGGACUCACUAUGGGCAGGAUGGAAACUCGAGUCAUCCUGGCGAAACUCAUUUACAACUUCGAUAUCGAACUGAUGCCAGAAUGCCGCAAUUGGCUCGAGAACCAGAAGAAUUUUGUUGCGUGGCACAAGCCCCCGCUGAUGGUGAAAUUGACGCCAGCGAAUAGAGAUUAGAUGUAUAUAAUCAGGGGUAGCGGUCUAGUUAGU